AUGGACUUCAUCGAGCCUCUGGGGAGACAAAACCAGACCAGAGGUACAGAGUUUGUCCUCUUGGGAUUCUCUGUUGAUGCAAAGAAACAGACUCUGCUCUUUGCUCUUGGACUAUUCGUCUAUCUAUUAACUUUGGCAGGGAAUCUAGCCAUCAUUACAUUGAUCCGAAUAGAUCAGUGCCUCCAAACUCCCAUGUACUUCCUCCUAGGGAAUCUGUCUUUUAUUGAGAUCUGCUAUACUUCCACCACUGUCCCUAAGAUGUUGUGGGACCUUUUGUUGGGAGACAAGACCAUCUCUUUCAUAGGAUGUGCACUCCAAAUGUAUUUCUUUGUGACAUUAGGGGGCACAGAGUGUGUGCUUCUCUCAGCUAUGGCAUACGACCGCUAUGCAGCUAUCUGCCACCCACUACGCUACACCCUUCUCAUGAGCCAGAAAAUACAAUGGGGACUCCUGGCAUCUUCCUGGGCUAUUGGAAACUUCAACUCCAUCAUCAAUACAGCUUUGGUCUUUUCCCUUGACUUCUGCCACUCCAAUAAAAUUGACCACUUUUUCUGUGACAUUCCUCCUCUCCUGCAACUGUCUUGCUCUGAUACAUUGGUUAGCCAGUGGGUGACCUUUACCAUCUCUGGGUGUGUCAUCAUUGCACCAUUCUGCCUGACACUUCUCUCCUAUAUCCUCAUUGUCUCUUCUGUUCUGAAAAUCCGUACAGCUCAGGGUAGAAUCAAGGCGUUUUCCACUUGUGCUUCCCAUCUCACUGUGGUGGGCAUCUUUUAUGGCACCAUCAUAUACACCUACAUACGCCCAUCUUCCAGUCAUUCCAUGGAACAGGACCGCCUGGUUUCUGUGCUAUAUGCCAUCAUUACUCCAAUGCUCAAUCCCCUGAUAUACAGUCUUAGGAAUAAAGAAGUUCAGGGAGCAGUUCGGCGAGCCCUUAAUAAGAGCUCGUGGUAG